CGCAAUCUCGGCCGCAAAACAUCAUCACUCGAGCCGUCUCCCACCCUAGCUGUUUCUCGCCCGUCUCUUGUGAUGCCCCGCCGGAGACAGAACGAACCCACGGAGAAGCGUGGGAGGAAUGCCUGCUGGAAGUGCAAGGAGCGCCGCAUCAAGUGCACCCUAGAGAGACCCGUCUGCAGCAACUGUGCUCGGUGGAAGCACGCGUGCCAGUACGGAGUCAAGCUGCUGUGGAGAGAAGAGGCCCUUGCCAGGGGCAUCUGCUUUGGACGACAAGGUGUCUAUGGCCAGUCAUCUAAGGUUCCGCUUUCUAGUCAGCCUCUUGACUCGAAGAACUUUAUCGGAGACGUCUACUUUCUGCACACAAUCACGAGUGACUUUGAGGAGCCUCGGUGUCGGCCUCGAGCGAGUGCCGAUGUCGGCAGGGUCGAAGGGUCACAGCAUUUGAACCCUCUGAGUGCAGACCAGGCCGAGGGCGAAGAUGAAGUUGCAAGAGAAAGAGAAGACGAGACAGUCUACGCCGCAUUCAACAGCAAUCAUCAUCCAGGGUUCGGCAGCCAGCUAUCUUUACUCCCAUCUGCCGAGACCUCUGCCGACGUGCGCCUCUUCGACUUCUUCGUCAGUUGCAUGUGUCCCGGUCUCAGCAACUCGGCGAAAGACAACCCAUACUGGGAGUUUGUAGUGCCCCUGUCCUUCACGUCAGAGCCCCUGUUCCACGCCCUCCUCAGCUGGGCCGCCACCGAGGCCGCCUUUGCCAACCCUGCCGCCAAAGAUGCCUACGGCGUGGCCUCGGUCAAGAACAAAGGCCGGGCCCUGAAAGGCUUGAGGAUGGAGAUCGAGGCCGCACAGGGCGACUGGUCGACUGCGUCGGGCCAUUCAGCCUCGAUCCUCACCACGAUAAUCAUACUCUCAUGCAACGACAUUGCGAUCCUGUGCUCGACCGUCUGGAUGACGCAUCUGAGAGCUGCCCGAGUCCUGUGCAGCAUGGUCUGGCCACGCCAUCCUAGCGUGUGCGAGCCAGACAAGUUCCGCCAGUUCUGCAUCAUGUGGUUCGUUUCCCACGACAUCAUGAGCCGCACGGCUUGGAUUCAGGAGACCCUAUUCGACCCGGGCGAGUGGUUUGCCAGCGACGACGAAGCCGAGAUCGAUCCGAUGAUUGCCUGCUCUCGGGGUCUGAUACGGCAAGUUUCGGCCAUUGGGACCUUAAUAAUGGAUCUACGGCACUCUGGGAAGAGGAAGAAAAGGCCGCGUGCAGCAGACGACGGCCAAGAAGAUGUGACAGACCCCUCCAUCAAGUCACGGCGCGAUUCCAUUGAAGAUAGCCUCAAGGACCUGCAUCAGCGGAUCUCAACAGGGCGCGACUCCAGCGAGUCUAACGACGUGCUGCUUCAAGUAGCCGAGGGCAAGAGGCUAUGCUCCCUCAUCUACCUGUACGCGUGCAUCGACAACGCCACGCCCACGUCACCCGUCAUUCAAGCUCUGACGCGACGGGUGAUGGAUCUCCUGGCCGAUCUUCCACCCAAACCAUCGCUGACCUUUAUCCUCUUCGUCGUGGGCACCCUGGGGGUGUCUAACGAGGAUGAUCGGCGGCUUGUGCUAGACAAGUUCGACAGCCUGAUCAAGGCGAGGUGGCUUGCGUUUGUUGUGAGGGCGAGGGAUGUGGUUAUGGACGUGUGGCUUGAUAGGGAUCUGGGCAAGGCUGGGAGCUGGGAGGAUCUGGUCGAGACAAAGAGUAAACUACUAAGCCUGGCAUAG